AUGCCUCCAAACCCCUCCCACGGUGUUAUGGACUUCUCCCUCCCGCCAGAUCUCCAGAGCUACCUCGCUGAAAUCGACCAAUUUAUCGCCACUAAAAUCGCCCCUUUACAAUAUUCUAAUGACAACGAGCGAUUCUUUGACCAUCGCCGAGAACAUGCUCGAACAAACUGGGAUAAUCAAGGCUUACCCCGCGAUGAAUGGGAAGAUCUUUUAGCUGAAGCACGGAAACUAGCCGACGAGGCGGGAUAUUAUCGAUUCUCCUUGCCGGAGGAGUUUGGUGGCAAGAAUGGUGGGAAUCUUUGGAUGGCUGCGAUUCGAAUGCAUCUGGCGAAGAAGGGACUUGGACUGUUUAAUGAUUUGCAAAAUGAGCAUAGUAUCGUUGGAAAUUUCCCUGAUGUGCUUAUGGUGAAGGAAUUUGGGACUCAAGAACAAAAGAAAAACUUCAUCACAGGAAGAUUGGAAGGCAGGUUUGGUUUUGCUUUCGGCCUGACAGAGCCAGAUCACGGAAGUGAUGCAACGCACAUGUUCACCAGCGCCGAAAGGCUCAAAAAGGACGGCGUCGAUGGAUGGAAAAUUAAUGGUAGGAAGAUGUGGAUUAGCGGCAUCCAGAGAGCUACCCAUUGCAUAACGUUUGCAAGAACAAGUGGGAAGGCUGGGGAUGCUCUUGGAAUUACUGCCUUUAUAGUUCCAAAGAAUACCCCAGGAUUUCAAGUUGAAUCAUACGAGUGGACGUUUAAUAUGCCAACUGAUCAUGCUACCUUAUUGCUGACCGAUGUAUUCGUACCCAAUUCUGCAAUAUUAGGGGCAGUUGGACACGGUCUUCCGAUUGCGCAGACCUUUGUCCAUGAAAAUCGAUUGCGUCAAGCAGCGAGUUCUCUUGGCGCCGCCGAGUACUGUAUUGAAGAAAGCAUCAAAUAUGCAAGAAAGCGAAAGCCGUUCGGGAAGGAACUAGCGACGAAUCAGGGCAUACAGUUUCCGCUGGUCGAGCUUUCAACCCAGGCAGCGAUGCUGAAGCUGCUGAUCCUGAAGACGGCGUCAGAGAUGGACGGCAUGACGCAAAGGGAGAUCGAACGAGACUUGGGAGAUAAAGUGUCCAUGUGCAAUUACUGGGGGAAUCGUCUUUGCACACAAUCAGCCGAUCGAGCCAUGCAAAUCCACGGUGGAAUUGGAUAUUCAAGACACAAGGCUUUCGAGCAUAUAUACCGCCACCACCGCCGCUACCGAAUUACUGAAGGAAGUGAAGAAAUUCAGAUGAGAAAGGUGGCAGCAUACCUGUUCGGAUAUGUAGGACCUAGAAAGGUGGAGCUCUCAAAGUUGUAG